AUGGAUCAAACCUCGGCACCUAACUGGGCUCCAGAAGACCCCCAGGAGGCCCCAGUUCGGCGCUCACGAACUGUCCGUCACUGCAGUAGCUCCUCCGAGGGGUUCCAGUCCCGCGAAGCCCCCGGUCGGUCGUUUGUUCCGAAAGGGCCUAGACGCGGCCAAAAAGACGAUGCGCAACAGUGCAACCCGCGGAAAGUGAGGUGCUUCUACUGCUGGCCUGCUGCAAACCAAAAGAUGACAGCUGCUGGUGCGGCGUGCCGGUGCCGCGAAGAAGAGGCGACUAAGGCGAUAACGCACACACAUCCCGCUCUCAGGUCGUCUCCCCGUCCUUACAGGAGACGGGAGGGAGAAGGAGGCCAGGCUCAGGUUCACUCUCACUCUCACUCUCCAAUCUCACUCACUUUCCUCAACUCUCUGUCUCCUCACUCCCCCACAUCUCCUCUCUACACUCAUCCUUCAGUCGUCCAGAACCUUUCGCGGCUCGCCGUACGGAUACCUUCACAGGUUCAGGCACACAACGAGGCGUGCGAGCGUGUGCCACUCACACGUUCAACGUCCAAUUGCAGACUGCAGCCGUUGUCCCUCCUGAUCGACCACAUCAAGGAAACCUGCCACCCCUCCUCGCCGCCGCAGUCCGUCAUCUCACAUUCUCGACCCCCAAAGGACCAGGGAGGAUUCUCCCGUUGA